CGGAGUUCGUGAGGGCCGGGGAGAGGCUGGGCAGGGUCAUGGCGGGCGGCGGGGAGCGGGGGCUGGGCCCCCUGCCCCCGGACCUCAGGGACCAGCUGGAGGCCGCCCUCGCCCACCGCCGGGACGGGCCCGGGGCCCUCGUGCCGUUCAGUUGGCUCCGAAAACUGCACGCCCACCUACGGGAGGAAGGCUCCCCACUGUACCUUCACGAGCUCCUAGAAGGCAGCGAGAUUUACCUCCCCGAAGUUGCGAAGCCCCCCCGGAAUCCAGAGUUGGUGGCCCGGCUCGAACGGAUCAAAGCGCGGCUCGCCAAUGAGGAAUAUAGGCGGAUUACCCAGAAUGUCUCUUGCCAGGGCCCGAGACGGACCGGGACUCUGGUGGACCUCGGGAGGCAAGUGAGGUCGGUGAAAGCCGUGGUUGUCACCAUCUUCAACUUCAUCGUCACCGUGGCGGCCGCGUUUACUUGCACCUACCUGGGAAGCCAGUACGUCUUCAAAGAAAUGGCGGCGAGGGUGCUGUCUGCGGUGAUCGUGGCUUCCGUGGUGGGCCUGGCCGAGCUGUACGUCAUGGUGCGGGCUAUGGAGGGAGAGCUGGGAGCGCUCUAGCGAGGAUCCUGCUGCCCAGAGCACGUUUCCAGGUCGUCGGAUUUGGGACGCCGGGGUCUGGCAUCCCGGCGAAAAAGAUCCUCCCUCCUGCCAGCAGAAGCCUGAAUUCCUGGAGUAUCGAAGGUGGGCUGUCCAUUGCUGCCGUGGUCAGUGGGAGAGGUAGGGCCACGGCCCGCUUCACUCUCCUGAGGGGCAGUCUCCCGUCGAGAAAAGCGUUACAGAGAGCGUAUCCUCACCGAGAGGGGAUCACUGCUAUCCCCCUCCCCAACCAUCUUUCUUUUUCUCCCCACAAUCGUCUCUUUUCCUCCCCUCCCCACCACGCCGGUCGACAUUCCUGUGGGACCUGAGGACGAUGAAUGGCUGGACCCGGCCACCGCCGUCCCUUCCUCGGCCCGCUCCCAUCCCAGAGUCCCGUGAGUUUUCGGGAUCUCCAUUCCUUUUGGGAAAGGGAGCCGGGCCCCUUUCACUCCCUUCAUCCCACCCUUCCCGUACUCGGCCUCUGUGAAGAUGGAAACGAAGUCACGGAGCUAUAAAGUCUGACGUGAGUGUGA